GGCAACAAUCAGUCAGCCGAGCCAGGGAGCCACCUCAAAGGAUAUCAGGUUUCUUUGAAUGACAGCGUAACCAUGGCAAAUAAUUUGACUAAAACUAUUGUCUUAUCCUCACCAUCCCCGGGUCAGAUAACCAACCAAUCACAGUUCACAUAAUCGCUUUUCUUGCCAGCUUAGAAUAAUAUUAUUAAAACAAGAGAGCGAGCUUGGACUUCGGGAGUGCGUUAUGCUGAAAGGACCCAGAAAAGGUGGCGAACGGCUCUAGGAGGACUAAAACUUUUCGCCUCUCGACACUAUUUGAUGGAUAUGCUGUAUUUACAUCUCUAAGCGGGGGCAGAAGAGCGCUUUCCCCCUCUCUAGCUCCGCAGUGGAUUGUAUCUUCGUCAUUUGGAGACACUUCUGAACUGAAGUUUUUGCCGUUCAUGGACUUCGGGUGUCAGCUCUCUGCUGCUCCAGCACUCACACAGAGGCAGACCCAGAAGAAGAAGAGGGCAUCUCCGCGCCUACCCAGCAGAAACCAUGUCUAUGCUCCCGACUUUUGGUUUUACGCAAGAGCAAGUGGCGUGCGUUUGUGAGGUUUUACAACAAGGUGGUAACAUCGAGCGGCUAGGGCGCUUUCUCUGGUCCCUCCCGGCGUGCGAGCACCUACACAAGAAUGAGAGCGUCCUCAAAGCCAAGGCGGUAGUCGCUUUCCAUCGGGGAAACUUCAGGGAGCUUUAUAAAAUACUAGAAAGCCACCAGUUCUCGCCACACAACCACCCCAAGCUGCAACAGCUGUGGCUCAAGGCGCACUACAUUGAAGCAGAGAAGCUCCGGGGCCGCCCUCUUGGGGCGGUGGGAAAGUACCGUGUCCGCAGAAAGUUUCCCUUGCCCCGGUCGAUCUGGGACGGCGAGGAGACCAGCUACUGCUUCAAAGAGAAGAGCCGGAGCAUACUAAGGGAGUGGUACACCCACAACCCGUACCCUUCCCCGCGGGAGAAGAGAGAGUUGGCCGAGGCUACCGGUCUGACCACCACGCAAGUCAGCAACUGGUUCAAAAACAGGCGACAAAGAGACCGUGCAGCAGAGGCGAAGGAGAGGGAAAACAACGAGAACUCCAACACGAACAGUCACAACUCACUCUCGUCCUCAAUGAACGGAAACAAAACGAUACUCGGCAGCUCGGACGACGACAAAACGCCCUCUGGGACCCCAGACCACACCUCGUCCAGUCCGGCUUUACUCCUGACGUCGAACUCGGGACUGCAGUCCUUGCACGGAUUGGCACCGCCACCCGGGCCCAGCGCCAUCCCGGUACCGAGCGCGGAUUCAGUACACCAUCAUCACGCUCUGCACCAUGAGACCAUACUGAACCCUAUGUCGUCCAACUUGGUCGACCUCGGCUCUUAGAAAAAGAUGGGACUUCACGCAUUUUGAAUGGACACGUGUGUGCGUGUAUGGACAAUUCUCAAAGAACAAUAUCAUGAAAGGAAGAAGUAAACUUGAUGUGAGAGAUGACAAACCAAACAAGGCCGGACACUUAAUCACUGAGCUGGAAAUGGAGCGGAAAUAAAGCGUUUUGGGGAUGUUUUGGUCGGCACGGGGAGAGCACACGUGGUAGGAGAUCUGAAGGUAUUUGCUAGAAUGUAAGAGCAUGGUUAAGAGAAAUGCAAUACAAUAAAAUGUCUUAAUUAUUGUUAUUAUCAUGGUUAUUAUUUUAGAGCCGAGCUUUGGAAAGAUUCGUGACCUUUGCCGGGGUAUGACCCGAGACGUUACAUAUUCUAGGUUCUCUCCCGAAGGCCAUUUUCAGUUAUGAUUUUGUAUGGAUUACAGUGUUCUUGAAAUGAUAAGAUCCCUCUUGUCAUGUGCUAAGAACACACUAUCUAACUUUCUCUUGUAUUUUACAUUGGAGAGCGACUGCAUGUAAACCUUGCGAUUAAUAAAAAAAAAAUGAAUUCGAUCCGUCAAUAGUUUCAUAUCUACCCUUUACAAUAAAAAUAUUUAAUGAAUUACAUUCGCGGACAAGGUGUUUAUUUUGAAUUCCUCUGCACGUGAAAUGGGGCUUUCACAACAACAUAGCGCAUAUGAGCCCAGUUUUGGCGCACUACUCCCAGACACCUUCCCUGCAAAUGUCCUCUUACUUUAUACUUAAAAGACAUAGGCUAAGUUUGGGUACAGAUCACUAACUGUUUUCUGUGUUUGUCAAAGGUAUGAUUUGCUUUUAGUGGUCAGUGGGCUUCAACUUCUUUGUUGACAAGCCGGCUAGUCGGUCCGCUACAAGUCGGUGCUAAAUUAGGUUUGUAAUCCAGGAAGCUUGUAGUCGCGGCGUGAACUGAGAGACCGGGGUCUGUGUUUGAUGCAGCAGUUGGUCUAGUUCUGGACUUGCGUGAAAGAAUCAAACAUUGAGGAUGGGCGAGCUGUCACUCUGUGCGUAAAAGUGUUGAACUAUGAGUGGAUUCUUAUUUGGACGUUCCCUAAAUGUGGCAUAGGGUUGUGUGUUUUGCAGGCCCCUACUCGGCCUCCUGAAAGCUAGGGCUGCUUGUCUUUAUUUGUGGAGUAGGCCUUGAUCUAGUUUACACCACUCUCGCCUGUGGAAAUGCAGACAUAACCAAUUGGCCUUGGUAGCCUAUUUGAUUUAAUUUAUUUUCUUUUAUCCUUAGAGGUUUUCUCUUAACAUUCUCUAUUAAAAGGGCAUGCUUAUCGAUAUAAUCGAUUCCCCAAGAAGGCUACAAUCUGAAAUUGCAGUUGUGCUGUGGUAUGUGGAGGAGAAUUCUUCUCUGUGGAUUCCUAAUGCAUUGUGUAGAUUUUACCAAAGUGAUUGUAACGAGACCGUAAUAGUGAUGGGUUUACUGCGUUAGAGUGAAUACUAUAAUUGGUGAGAAUAAUGACAGCAGCCUCAGCUCGUGCGCCACAACUGCGGCUGCUGUCCAGGCGACGACACUUUCUCUGGGUGCGAGCUUAAUCUGAGGGGCAGAAAGUUCGGUGUGUGAGAUCUUCGAAAGUACUAACGCGUGUUGAAAGACAUCACUCUGUUUGAACAGCUUCAAAUUAACCCUGCUACACAACCACCACCCAUUCCACACACGCGCGCGCACACACAUUAAAAAAAACCUCACGGGCCUGCAUGCGCACAAGGCUGGAGGCACAAGCGCGCACUCCAAAGAUUGUCUACAUAGCAAUUUGCCAGUUGUAAUUAUGUCACUACGUUUUUUUCUUUUCUUUUCCCCCUUCUUCCAUUAAUGUUCUCAUUUCAGUGCAUGGUGUCAACACGCGAAAAUGUCUAACCAACUUUUAAUGUUUUCAUUCUUUCUCGAAUAAAUAAUAUGAAGGUUCAUUAAUUUCCCGCCAA